AUGGAAACAUGGGAAGUCAUAGCAUCGGUAAAAGAAGCAACAAAAGGCCUUGACUUGAGCUUAGAUCAUCCACUUAUUAUUAAAUCCGAGGACGUGCCCAGUAACAUUCUCCAAUUACUGCAACAGAAGAAUCGACGUCAAUUGAAACACAUCUGCAUGAAAUCAAGAAAAGAGUAUUUUCUACUAGAGGAAUAUGGGCCAGGAUUUUGGGUUAAGUGGCCGUACAAUUAUUUCAAUGGUUACAGCUUACCAGAAAGGCGUACGGAAGUUGUAACGACAGUUGAAAGAGAAAGAGCUAAGCGUGAAACGUUAAAAACAUGGGACGAAUUGAAAUUUAAAGAGCUUCUUCAUUUAUGGUCAGAAGAACCCAAGGGCUCGUGUAAGCUUGAGAAGGACAAAGACCUUAAACUGGAUAUGAAUCCCCCAGAUAUGAAAGGCGAAUCAAAAAUUAAUGACUACUAUUCAGACCCUAAAGAGUACAUAGAAAGUAAGUAUUAUGAUGCUCUUUUUUCCAUACAUACGCCUCUCGCAUAUUUCGUCAAGUCAAAUUUAGUAAGGCUCAAAAAUACCUGCCGAACCAAGUACGGAAGUGACAGUUACAAAAUAGCCUAUCAAGCCAUGCUGCAAAAAUUUCUUCUCUCAAUUGUACAAUUCAAAGAUAGACAUGAUAACAGGCUUUUAUUAGAGCCCUUUUCUAGUCCCAUAGCAGAUGAAAAAAGGAAGAACUGUCUCACAAAAUUUGUUAUCCAAGAUGAAAACAAAAACAGCUCAACCAUUGCUGAUUUAUGUGUUGUAUUAAAAUCCCGCGAAAUAAAGCUACAAAUAUUAUUGCUAUUAGAGAUAAUAGGAUUGAACGAUUUAGAUUGGAAUUUUAGAGAUUUUGAGAAAAAGUAUAAAUUAAAAUUGAAGAAAAGAUCACUUAAUUUGACAAAAAAGGGAUUAGUUCGUCGAAGAUCGAAGAAAAAAACCAGCGAAAAAGACAAAGGAAUCGAGAGAAUAACAACAUCUUUGGAUUAUUGUGAACAGUUAGACUUGUACUUAGAUAGAGCAUGCAUCUUGGACAUUCUACUAUCAAGUGAAACGCCCAACCCAGAUGCCAUAGAAGCAUCAAAUGGAACAAUACAAGAGCAUAAAAAAAAUAUCCUAGACAAAAGCAAAGAAGCCUCAUUGGUUGGGUUCAUAAAUUAUGUUCUUAUUCCAUAUUUCAACAAAAAGGUACCACACGCCGUUGAAUUUAUAAUUCAAAAGCUCAAGGGACCAAGCAUGAGACCAAAGAGAGCCCUGAAAAAGGUCAACGAUAGCACAAAUGUAUCGUCACCUAAUACUGUAGAAACGUAUAACAGGUUAUCCACGAGUCAACGUGCCUCUCGCUCUUCAAUCAUUAAUUCCGUCCCAUCUUCACCCGCAUUGAGAAGGGUGGACGCUAAUUUGUUCAGCAGAAAAUCUAUAGCUUCGCCCACCCCUGAACUUUUGAAUUCUAGAACGAACUCUAACUUGAAUGAAUUUCUCGAAAGUGAAACUAGAAGCUUAAAGCGCCCUUCACAAUUGGGAAGGACGAAGUCUGAUCUAACGAUGAAUCAUUUACAAAAACGGCAGUUUUCUGUCUCUGACUUAAGCACAACAAGAGUACCGAAUUCAUCAACUAUCACACUCAAAACGCCUUUCUCGCACUCAACUAUUAAUGCAUACAAAACUAUGAAUAACUCUUUUCGCAGAGUUGGGAAACGUAAAGAUAUCAAUGAAACGAUACGCCUACAUGAACGUGUAGACUCUGAGGAAAACGUACAAGUUCAAGCCACUCCUGCUGUGAAAAAAAGAACUGUGACACCUAAUAAAAAGGCGCAACUUCAAAGCAUCAUUGAAUCGCCGCUAAAUUUCAAGGAUGAUGAUACGCAUGAAGGCAGAAAAAAUACCUCCAAUAUUACCUCUACUCCCACUAAUAAGCCCCCGGAAAAUAGCUCAAAAAGGAGAGUAAGAAGACGUUUAUUUGCUCCAGAAUCCACAUAG